AUGUAUGACGUCGUCAAGUACUUGUCACGAGCUGGACAUGCGGGUGCUCGACACAACGUGAUUCGCGUCAGGCAGGGAGGAGACGAGUUUGUGAUCAAGGAGUACUGGCUGUCGUCUGAAGAUGACAAACACAGGAGACGUUUCUUGCAGGAGGUCAGCAUCCUACGUCGGCUUGAACAUCCCUUCCUCAUCAACAUGUACGGAGCUUUCGUGGAAGAGCAGCAGGAGGCGCACGGCUUGAUCAAGGGCUACCUCAAAAUGCCUUUUCUUGAGGGAGGGACCCUGUGGGAAUGGUUUCUGAGCGUGCAACCGAGCGAGCAGCACAAGCACAGGGUACUGCUGCAGGUGCUGCUGGGGAUAGAGCACCUCCGUCAGAACCGAAUCAUCCACUGCGACAUCAAGCCCUCCAACAUCCUUAUGUCCUCCCAGCUACCCGACGCUGAGCCCAAGAUCGCAGACUUUGACGUAUCCAAGGAGCAGAAGGAUCGCGCUCAAGACCUGGUUGCUACUGUGACGUCAGGGACUCAUGUGGUCGGGACGUUGAGGUACAUGGCCCCGGAGCUCGUGAACCCUUCGAGCACGAAGCGAAGAGCCUCGCACAAGUCAGACAUGUUCUCAUACGGCAUCGUGAUGCUCGAGCUGCUGACUGGAUCAGUUAGAGGAGGCUCGCUUGAUGAUGCAACGCAGCUCGCCGGUCUAGCUGGCGACGCGAGAGGCCUUAUCGAGAAGCUUCUCGAAGCUGAUCCUCGUGCAAGACUCUCGUCAGUCGAAGCCCUCGCCCACGCUUAC